AUGAGCGACUUCCUCCCCGCUGAUACCACGGCGUCCCCCGCCGCGUCCCCGUUCCGCUGCCUUCCCCCGCGUUCGCCUGCGUCAAGCCCACGCACGCCAACCAAGCCCGCGACGCGGCCAUUCUCCAGCGCCUCCGGCACCCGGCCCCGUGCCCUAGCAGACGACCACUCUGCCCAUCCGCCCAAACCCAGCACGGACAAAUUUGCGCUCGGUCUUUCUCUCCGUUCCGGCCCAGGUCACGCCCUGCCCCCAAGUCCCGCCGCCCGGCGCUCCUCCGCCGCCCGCAUGUCUUGCAACGAGGUCUCCCCGGCCACUCGCACGACACGCUUUGGCUUCCCCAUCCAUCGGCCCCUAGCCCAUCAGUCUGGCCACGCCCCCGCCCGUACGUCCAGGUGCCCCCCGCCACUCGCCCACCUACCCGGGCCCUCGUCAUUUAAUGAUCCCCCGUCCCUUUCCUCCUCCCUCGACUCUCCCACCCCUUCCGUGCUCUCCCUCCCCACCCCGCACAGCAAGCGCUCCCUCACCCACGCCCGCACCCGCAGCGCCCUCGCCGCGCCCACUUCGCUCUCAGUCUCCGUCUGCAGCAGCGUACUCUCCGACUGUCCCCAGUGGGAGCCGUCCACACCGUCACCGUCACCGCUUUCGCACGCGACCCGCUCAACGCGAUUGCUUUCCCACUGGUCACCACACUCUCGCACAGCGUCAUCCGUCAGGCGUGGACUCCUCCCCUUACCCCCGCGCCCUACUCUCGCCAUGUCCAUGCACGUCUACGCCCCGUCACCCGUGCUCUCCAACGGCACGUCACCCCACACUGCGCGGCCCCGUUCGAGGUCAAGACCGGAGACUGCUUCCCGUCCUUCCUCACCUCUCACCUCCUCUGUCCCUCUUCCUCAACGCCCUCCGAUGCCCCGCCCUCCUAGCCGCUCUGAGCGCUUACUCCGCGACACCCUCCGUCGCGCCGAGGAACAGGAAAGGAUCCACAACCCCGUCCCUUUCUUCAGCACCCCCGCCUCGCCCAUCGCCCACGGCCACCAUCUCCCAGCUGCCGCACCGGGCGGCCGUCGCCAUCGCCGCGCUACGUCCUCUUCGUCCUCGUCGUACGACCAUUUCGAAGACACCGUCGACGAGGAGAGUCCUGAGGAAGACGAGAGGCUGUGGCGCACAAACCGCACCGUGUCGUCACCGACAAGACCUCAUCACAAAGACUCUGUAGCGCGAAAUCCCCCCGCCUCUCCGUCCCUAGCUCGCGUUCAGCUUCAACGCUCGCCGAAGACAUCCCCCUCCAUCCCCACUCGGCGUCUGCACUCGCAGUCAGUGUCGCAUCCCGCGGCGCCUGCGCGGAUUGCGGCGGACAUGGAGAACAUGUCUCUCACGCCGCACGAGGCUGUCCUCCGCAAGCGUCUGGAGACAAUGCUGAAGACUCAAAGCCGGAGGGCGGGCAGCAUUGAGCGCCGCGAGUACGACGGUGGUCUCAGCAGUGGCAGCGGCGACUCGAUGUCGAGCAGUCGGAAUAUGAGUGGCGAGGGCGAUUUCUUCUUCGGCCCUGCCCGCGACUUGAGCCACACCUCUCUGUCGUCCGCCGACAGACCGAUGCCCUUGCCCUCAAAACACCACACGCCACGCGGCAGCCAUAAGCCGGCGUCGUCGCGCAAGGGCAGCUCAGCCAGCAGCAACGGACCGCUCACGCCUCCGCCAUCGCCGCCGUUCAAUGCCCGCGAGGCCGCGGCGCAAUGCGGUGCGAUGGAUGGGUAUGUCUCGUUCGCUACCAUCGAGGGCCUCGGCGUCCCCGACGGUAGCGAUGAGGAGGAAGAGGACGCGUCAUCGCGCAGCCGCUGGUUCCAGUGGCUGCACCUCGCCGGGAAGGCGCAUGAAGGCGACCACGUCCGUCAACGGAGCGAGGCGUCUAGUACGUCGAGAUAA